CAAGUUCCAGUUACUCUAUCUUCCUCAGGUUUAUUCAGUUCUGUUGUGUUGUGUUGAGUGUACGUGUGUUCAGAUUCGCUCCGUGAAAUGUUCGUGUAUUAAUUCUUAUUUUGUGAUAAACAAUAUUUUUUCUCAAUGGAAAUCGAUAUAUUUGCGGUAUAAGAAUUAAAAACAAUGGUGGAAUUAGACUUUUCUUCGACAAGUGCGAUGCCCGACGAUGGCGUCCCUGACAUGACGAGGUUGACCGUUCUUGAUGAAGAAGUUAUCAACAAAAACCUAAAAGUGCGAUACGAAAAAGAUCGCAUUUACACAUAUACAGGCUCAAUCCUCGUGGCAGUCAACCCCUACAAGGACAUUGACAUCUACACACAAAAAUAUGUCGGUAAAUACCAAGGGAAAAAACUAGGGGCGCAAGAUCCACACGUCUUCGCACUGGCGGAAGCGGCGUAUGCGUCACUUCAGACCGACACAAGCGGAAAAGGACACACGAAUCAGAGCUUAGUCAUAAGCGGAGAAAGCGGUGCAGGCAAGACGGAAAACACCCGAUUUAUUUUACAAUAUUUAUGUUCAGUCACUAGCGGCGUAUCAACAUGGGUCGAACAACAAAUUUUAGAAGCGAAUACGAUAUUAGAGGCUUUCGGAAAUGCUAAAACUGUACGAAAUGACAACUCCAGUAGAUUUGGAAAAUUUAUGCAAGUGUGCUUCGAUUCCCGAUGGAUGAUAGCGGGAUGCAUUAUUCAGGAUUAUCUUUUAGAACAAUCGCGGUUAACUUUUCAAGGGCCGGGUGAACGAAAUUACCACGUUUUUUAUCAAUUAGUAGAAGGUGCAAAAAACAAUAAAGAAUUGGCCGCACAGUUGCAUUUAAAGGAUGCAAGUUUCUACAAUUACUUAAAUCAAUCAAGUUGUGCAAAACUUGAAGGUGAUGCAAGAAGACUUGAUACGUUAAGAUUGGCCUUCAAUGUUCUUCAAGUACCGACGACUAAGUGUAAUGGAAUUUUUCAAACCUUGUCGGCGAUCUUGUGGUUAGGAAAUUUAAAUUUUGAGGAUAUAGACGGAGAAAAGUGCCAGUUAUCGGAACAAGAUAACGAAAUUUUGGAAAUUGUUUCAAACUUAUUAGAAUUAGAAAUAGAUAGUUUAAAACAAGUAGUUCUUUUAAGACAAAUUAACGUACGAGGAAAUAUCACAGAAAUCCCUUUGAAACUACAGGAAGCUAGAGAAAAUAAACAUGCCAUGGCUAAAGCUCUGUAUUCACGUACUUUUGCAUGGUUGAUUAACCACAUAAAUAAUUGCACAAAUCCGGGACAAGAUUCGACCAGAUUUUUAGGUGUACUAGACAUAUUUGGUUUUGAAAACUUUGCUGUUAAUUCUUUUGAACAACUUUGUAUUAAUUAUACAAACGAAAAAUUGCACAAAUUUUUUAAUCACUACGUUUUCGCACUAGAACAAGAAAUCUAUGGACAAGAAGCCAUACAGUUCAACCAUAUCUCAUUUACUGACAAUUCUUUAUGUUUAGAAUUGUUGGAGAAACCUCCACGUUGUAUUCUUAGAUUAUUAUCUGAACAAUGCCAUUUACCUAGAGGUUGUGAUGCAUCAUAUAUUUCAAAUCUACAUUCCGAAUUUGAAAAUCACGAGAGAUAUGUCAAAGGGGAAGAUAGAAGACGUUGGGAAACAGAAUUCGGAAUAAAACACUACGCCGGUUGUGUAACAUACAGUGUAAAAGGUUUUGUCGACAAAAAUCGGGAUGUUCAACAAGAUGUGUUCUUUGAUAUAAUUUCACGAAGUAAGCACGAAUUUCUUCAAGAGUUGUCCAAAUAUCAGGACCUGAGUACUCAUGUUACUACACGACAAAUAGCUAACGGAGGUACGACUGUUUCAAGAGGUACAAGUAAAGGCAAACCAACAGUUUCCGAUACUUUUCGUCAUCAGUUACAAGCUCUAGUCGAUGUGUUACAAUCAACCACGCCGUGGUACGUCCGCUGUAUCAAACCUAACAGCAAGAAACUUCCAAAUGAUUACGAUAACAAUCUAGUCUUAGAUCAACUGAAAUAUUUAGGAAUGUUAGACAUAAUACGUAUACGAAAAGAAGGCUUCCCGAUCCAUAUGAAUUUUGAAGACUUUGUAACCAGAUAUCAUUGUCUUUCCAAAAAUCGUCUUCCACCCGACAUGGUGAAAGCAUGUCGAGACCUAUUGGAAAGUCACAAUUUACCAAAGACUGAAUGGCAAUUGGGGAAAACCAAAGUUUUUAUGAGAUCUCAUAUCCACGAACCCUUAGAAGAGGCAAGAAAUAAAAUGAUCACCUCACGGGCCAUCCUAAUACAAAAGGUCUAUCGGAGAUACAUCGCCCGAAAGGAGUUCUUACGAGUCCGCAGUGCCGUCCUUCUCAUUCAACACGCCUACAUUGGAUGGAAAUUAAGAAUCGAGUUCUUAAGGAAGCGACGUGCUGCUAUCGUCAUACAAAGUCACUUAAGAGGCGUGUUUGCUAGAGAAGUAGCAGCAGCGCUCCGAGAGAUGCGAAGAGUCGAAGAAGAAAUGAGAAGGAGAGAAAAACUUGAAGAAGAACGUAAAGCCAAAGAAGCAGAAGAAGCACAAAGACGCCAAGAAGAACAAGAGCAGAAUAAGAGAAUUGAAGAUCUUGAAAGAAGUGAAAAAGCCGCCGAACAAGAAAUUGCGGCACUUUCACACAUGGCCGAGCAACUGAAACCGCGCCUCAAUGAACCCGUGACAGAAUCUGUAGAUUUAGAUAAUCUGUUUGCGUUUUUGUCAGACGUGCAGCCUCAAAAUCGGAACCAAAUCAUCGAUGAGAUAGGUGAAAAAAUGAACGAAUUGGUUGAAGAUCUGGACGUUGAAUUAGAAACUGUGAUCCAACAAGAACUGGAAGGGUUGGCGUUAGAACAGCAGCAACCCACUCCACCAAAAUUAGCCAUGCCAACGCUGCCAGAACCAACAGGACCGCCUCCACCGCCUCCGCCUGCCUUCCAAACGGCUCCCGAAUCUCCUCAACCUGAAACCAAAGAUGCUAACAAUGCUGAACCAAUUUAUGAAGCAGUACUUCCAAGGGAUGAUUCUAGUUGUGUGUCACCCCCGCCACUUCCAGCACCGCCAAGGUUGCCACCGGAAUCACCGAAAGCCAGUCCUCCAGUGUCCAGACCUAACAGCGCAGUUCCUCAGACUUGGAGGUACAACCAUGAACAAGAAGCCAACAACGUUGAACGAGAACAACGACGAAAGUGCAGAGUAGAAAAGAAGUUGCAGGAAUUAACGGAGACAAGUGAAAAGGAUAGUUCGAAUGAAGAAACAUAUCACGAUAUGAUCGAAUUCGCCGAAAACUAUUUCAAUGCUCACGAAAGAAGUCCCGAGGGAACAAUUAUAGCAACUUUGACGCGGAAGCGACAAAGUUCAGAAAUGAUUCCGAAAUGUGAAAUGGUUACUUUUUAUAAAGGCAACACUAUUCCUAACUCACACAUACAUAUGUACGAUCCAGAUAAUAUAAAUAUUGCCUGCCACAUUUUCAGGGACUUGUGCAAAUACAUUCGCGGUGAAAUGAACGCAGAAAGGGAACUUCUGGUGAUUCAGACAAUAAUAGGUCACGCGUUGGAACGUGAAGAAAUUAGAGACGAAAUACUCGUCCAAUGCAUUCGACAAGCCACUAAUAAUCCAAAUGUAGAAGGAACGGAGAGAGUUUGGCUCCUCCUUUGUCUCUGCGUAGUAUCGUUCCAACCUUCAAAACUUCUCCAUCGUUACUUCGUAUCAUUCCUAAAGAAAAAUCUCGCGCAAGGAGGCAAGAUAUCUCAGUAUGUUCAAUGGUGCAUAGACAAUUGCAAUAACACCAAAGUUAAAGUAAGAGAACACCCACCUUCGUCGGUCGAAGUUGCUGCGAUGAAACGCUUAGGCACAAUAGUAUGUAGAUUUUUCUUCCUUGAUGGGAGAACUAAAGCCAUAGAUGUUCAUCCGACUGAUACGGCCGGGGACGCCGCUAGGAAAUUGGCAGAGCGACUUGGAUUGCGAAAUUUAGAUGGCUGGGCUAUUUACCAAAGUCGACCGGAUGGAGAGGAACAUGUUCGGGCUCACUAUUACCUCUACGAUGUUAUCGCACAGUGGGAAAUGAGCCAAAAUAAGCUGACGCCACCUAGCGGCCUUUCCACCCUCGGAAGGCGUAGUGGAACUACACUGAGUGGUGGAGAGAACCGUUUUAUAUUCAAACGACGACUGUUCAAGUCUAGUCGAGAAUUAAGCCAGGAUCCAGUAGAAGUGAAUCUUCUAUACGCCCAGGCUGUUCAUAGCGUCGUGAAAAGUGACGACUUCCCGGUUACCGAAAAAGUGGCUCUGCAGUUGGCUGGCUUACAAGCUCAGGUCGCUUUGGGCAACCCCAAAGACAAUAACAAACUUGAAUAUUAUACUGAUAUCGAUAAUUACCUACCGUACAGGAUAAGUAGAACAAGAGGGGAUGACGUUUGGGUGCCUAUUAUAGCGCAAGCGCAUAAACAAUAUGGUGCUAAUCGUUCCGAACUGACCGCAAAAGCUUUGUACCUGUCCUGCGUUAUGCAGUAUCCGUUAUAUGGGACUACCAUGUUUCCUGUUGCGUAUAGGGGGUACUGGUCAUAUGGGAAUUCUCUCAUCUUAGGUGUUAAUAGCGAAGGAAUAAUGCUCAUAAAGCCGGAUGACAAAUUCGUCCUCGACGAAUACCGUUACCACGAAGUCGAAAGUAUUCUUUUAGAUCCUAGUGACAGUUUUAUAACGAUAUCUUUACAACGACAUCUAAGUGAAAACAACCAUAAGUGUUUUGUUUUUGAAACAACGCAAAAGAACGAAAUCGGAUCUUUAAUCGCUAGCUAUUGCCCAACUUUAGCAGCUUGGUUAACCGAAAACGAAGCACCACAAAAACGAGUUAAAGGUAUUACUAACGAAGAUCGAGUACGGCUCUACCACAAUCUAGUUAACUGCAGAAGGGCGUUAGUCGAUCAUGAAAUUUUACGAAAACCCACUGAUUCUUCUGGUAGUUUUCUCAGAAAUACCUUACGUAGAUUGAGUAAACAUAAAUUGGACAAACUGAGACAAGAACAUGGCGGGGAUACGGGAGAAACAUACAAAGGCUUCCAUUAUGCAUUUUGGGCGUUCAGUCGUCAACAAUUACCUCAAAGUAUUAGUAGAUUACCGGAUCAAGAAGAACAGAUAAUGUUACAAGUUUUUCAAAUAAUACUGACAUAUGCCGGCUUAGGACAAAAUGGUGAGACAAUACGGAGAGUGGAAGAUGAACACGUUUCUCUGUUGCAAACAAUUCUGGAAAGAUGUAUGCGAAAAGAAUCUCUUCUAUGUGAAUUGUAUUUACAACUCAUUAAGCAGACAACCGAUCAUCCUGACCCCAAUUCUCGAGUGAAUCUCCGCCAUUGGGCGUUACUAUCUCUAGCGUGUUCCGUGGUACUACCACCUAAUAAAGCAAUCCGCAGAUACCUUAUAGCUCAUCUGAAACGAUGUAGCUCUGAUUAUGUUACUGAAGAGGGUAAAUACGCACGAUUUGCAGAAAAAUGUCUUCUAAAGACUCAGGGAACAAGAAGGCGACAGUGGCCACCUUCUCGUGAGGAAAUUCUUUGUACCAUAAAUCGUAGACCAGUUUAUGCGCGCUUCCAUUUCAUGGAUGGCCAAUAUCAUUCAGUAGAAUUCCAUCCAUCUGCCACGGCAAAAGAUGUUUUGGAAAUCGUGCGAGACAAAGUUGGGUUGGGCUCAGAGGCCAAAGGUUAUGCAAUUUAUGAAGUUCUGGGUAACUCAGAGAGGAGUUUAGCAGCUGAAGAAAAAGUUGCUGAUGUUAUGGCGAAAUGGGAAAGGUACAGAGCUGCUACAGCAGCUAAUACUGCGAAUACUACCGGAACUGCUAAACGAGCGAGACCGCAGCAUCACUUCUUCCUGUUUAAAAAACACAUAUUUAUGGAUAAUUACAUCAAUCUUAACGAUCCGGUUGAAAAAGAACUAUUAUACCAUCAAGUGUUACAUGACCUGAGGACCGAUAGAUUCCCCGUUACAGACAAAGAAGCUAUGAUGCUGACGGCACUUCAAGCUCAACUCGAAUUAGGCGACGUGAAUGACACCAUUCAUGAUUACCGCCCUAUAGCUUGCCACUGUUUACCAGCUCGAUUAGUUCCAAUUUUACCACAUGAUGGUGUUGCCAUGCACCAUCAAUCUCUUCGAGGAAUGACUCCGUCUGAAGCCAAACAAGCAUUUUUAAACUUGAUACAAAGCUGGCCUUUGCACAAAGCUACGAUUUUCGACGUUAUGCAAUCAUUUACCUCCAACUGGCCUAGAGUUCUUUGGCUCGCUGUUGACCAAAAAGGCCUCCAUCUCCUUGAACACCGUUCAAGAAAUACCCUUUGUACCUACGACUACGGAAGCAUAUUGAGCUAUGCGCCCGCCCUUAACUACCUGAUGAUAAUUACGGGAAGUGACAAGAAGCAAAGUAAAGUCAUACUGACUACCGCCCAAGCAUUCCAAAUAGCAACCUUAAUACGCGAAUAUAUGGAAGUCCUCCAUGGUGAUUCGGUGGAAAUAAGGAGGGCUCAAACACCAAAGAGUCGACCGGUUAGCGCUUUACACCAAAAUACACCACUAGUACCGCCACAACCCAGCUAGAAAAGGGUUACUUUCGCAGAUCAGGUAAUGGCGGCGCACUAUUAACAAUACUGGCCGUCUACAAGUAUUGUCCAGAAAAUAUAUUGGAUCUCUUGAUUGGCAAACUUAACAAAUAUGGAACAAAGACAUUUUAAAUUGUAGAAAUUGUAGGUAGUAGGUUUUUUCUGGUGGUACUUGUGCUGAUCUGCGAAAUUGUUUUUCCGUCUACAAAGUUACUACGUAUUGUUUGGCAAGAUUUUACAGAAGCAAUUGUUUCACAACUAACAUUGUUGCAUAUUUUUAAUUACAUGGUAGUAUUGUUUGCAAAAAAAAAAAAAAUCGGUGAAUACUGAUUACGUAACACGGACGUAAGUUUGAAACAAGUGUUUUUAUUAACAUAAAUAUGACCACAAAAAAUAAAUUCGUGAAAAGACUGAAGUUGUAGAGAAAGUAUUGGUCAUAUAUUAUUUAUUGCGGUUCUAUAAAUAGGUAUUAGCGUCAUAAUUUAUGCAACUAGUCAAAGUGUAUAUAAGCCGAUAAUUUUACUUUGUACAGCUGUUAAAACCCGCAAUUGUUGUUUUGUAUUAUAAAGCUUCAUACAUUAAAUUACCUUCUUUUAUAAUGUGAUAUUUUACUUUUAGUUAAGUUAUGCAUUUAUGUUUGUAUGUAAGAACUUUGUGCGUUAAAAAGUGUCUAGAACUAUUGACUUUAUUUAUUCUUUGAAAAAACAAGCGUUUUUCUUAUACUUU